AGGCAUUCAUUCCCACCAGGCCGAGCAGUGGCUUGAAGGAAGGCGGGGGUCGUGUGUCUUUGGUUCGGUGUGAUCCUCCCACGGAAGGCGGUGUAGGUCGGUCUGUAAUCGGACACCGGGUAUUGGAGCCUGCCUUCGCCACGGUUCCCCGGCAAAGAGGCUAUUUAAAAAACGAAAAAGAACGUGCGCGCCACUUCCCUACUUUAUCCGAAGGUUCCCCCCAGCAAACACAGGCACACAUUAAACACACAACCUUCUUUUGACAUAUCACAGCGUUCCGAGAGCCCCAGCGGCGGCAUAGAUGCCUGCAGCAGCGGCGCGAGGGGAACGGACUGACGCACAGCAGGAACGGCGCACGCCGUCCACAGUCGCUCCACAUACGGAUAUACGCGCGCGGCUUACGGGGCUGGACGGGAGCUCGAGCCCCGGAAGGAUCACUUGUACGAGCUUAUCCGAUGCAUGAGACGGCGGCUGGGGCACGCGGUCUGUCGGUCGGUGUCGGGAUCACGCUGUGAUUAACGGAUUUUUUUUUUGAACCCUAACCCUAACCCUGCCGGGACAGAUGAAUACAAAUGAAUUUAGCGACCCGAAGGAGAGAUUGCAGAACCUCUCGACUCGACCCAAAGAGAGCAUUACUCCUCUGUACUCUUCUCUACUGUAGUUGUCACCUGGGACUUGCUCAAGUACUCUCUGAAGAUGUGGAUGUGCUACAGAGACUGGGAUUGCGUGGAGGUCAGGGGUCACGUUCCGUUCCUCCAGGGGUUAUCUCCGUACCAACGGGGGUCAUCCUUACAUCACGGGCUCGCCUGGCAGCACCAUUCCUCUCCCUCCUCCCCUCCGCCAGCAAACACACACCGGCCACGACACACAUGGACUUGGCAGUGCUCGUGAGCCUGCGCCUGCACCGCCGAAACUCUGCCUUCCUCUUCUCCAUCCUGUCUGGUUCCCGGCUGCAGCUGGGCGUUGAGUUGUCACCCGGUCAGCUGACUGUCCAAGCUGGCGCACCCUCACAGACUAACACUCAGGUGCGCUCGCAGCCGCCGCCUCAGCCCAGCGUGGCCCCCAACGUGGUCAGCUUCCCGCUGGACCUUCACGACGGGCGCUUGCAUUCCCUGGCGCUAUCUGUUAACGGCCGACGAGUGACGCUGCAGGGGGGCUGCGGACAGAAGACUCAGACCGCGCUGUUUCCAACCGAGCCCGCGCCCCUUGACCCCCGCGGGAGCUUCCAGCUCGGCCGAGGCGGCCCCCGGCUCACUGGCGUGGCCCUGGAAGGGGCGCUGUGUCAGCUAGAGCUGGUGAACUGGGAGCGGACGGCCGAUGUUCGGUUCUGCAGCACCAUGCGCCCCGAGUGCAAGGAGGACCCCGGCAUUUCUAACCACACCCACCCCCUGCUUCCUCUGCCUCCACUCUCGGAUGAGGCGUUACCAUGGAAACCCCCACGCAUCACAGGAACCGCCGCCACCCAUUUGGUGUCACCAUCACCCCGUGGACCCACGCAAAGGACACAGACUGUAGCCCCUACACGGACUCAAACACCCCGGACACCCAGACCAACUGACAAGAAGACCUCUUCCAAACCCACAACGAGAACCAAGCCCAACUCUGCUAAGCCGACCGCCCCGAAAUCAAUACCCCCCAAGCCCUCCAAGAAACCAAUUCCCACUAAACCAGCAGCCACCAAGACCACCUCCAAAAGGCCAACCCCUCCAAAGCCCACCUUUAAGAGGCCUAUAGCCACAAAGCUCACUCCUAAAAAGCCUACUGCCCAAGCCGUGUCUGCCUUUAAGCCGACCCCUAAGAAAGUUCCAGUGAGGAGGCCCACUGCCUCCAUACUCCCCUCCAAACCCUCCAAGCGGCCGGAAGACGCAGUGCCAACCCCGCGUACCCCUGCCAAGAAGUACCUCCGCAUGGCUGUGACCCCAUCUACACCCAGAGUCACCUUGGAAUCCACCCCCACCUUGGCCAUGGACCAGUUCACCUAUGACCCUGAUCUCUCAGAGGUCCUCCUGCUGCCUGGACCCCCAGGGUUGAAGGGAGAGCCUGGAUUUCCGGGAUCUCCGGGACCACCGGGUAAGACAGGCCCUUCAGGAAAGCAAGGACCAAGGGGGCCUCCAGGACCUCACGGCAAACCGGGACGACCUGGUCCCCCAGGGCUCAAGGGUCAUAAAGGAGACCCAGGGCUUUCUCCAGGAAAAUCACCCAAUGGGGACAAAGGAGACCUGGGCAUCAUGGGGCCUGUGGGAUUGCCUGGUCAGGCCGGGCGGAGGGGGCAGAAGGGCCAUCCAGGUCCAGUGGGCCUUCCAGGAGAUCAAGGUUUACAGGGUCCUGAUGGAUUGCCUGGGGCCAAAGGUUAUCCUGGCAGGCAGGGUUUGCCUGGGCCUAUAGGACCUCCAGGACCAAAAGGCGCACGGGGUUUUAUUGGGAUCCCAGGGCUAUUUGGUUUACCUGGAGCUGACGGAGAGCGAGGUAUUCCUGGACCACCGGGGAAGAGAGGGACGAUGGGUAGGCCGGGGUUUCCAGGUGAUUUUGGUGAAAGAGGACCACCAGGACUUGACGGGGAACCAGGCACACUGGGGCUUCCAGGGCCUCCCGGAGUGCGUGGACUAGUUGGUGAUAUGGGACCUGCAGGCCCUAUGGGGUUGACAGGGCCCUUCGGCUUGAAGGGGGUGUUUGGGAACGUGGGCCCUAUCGGACUGAAAGGUGAUAAGGGGGAUGUUGGCCUUCCUGGCAAGCAAGGAGAGAUUGGGUUCUCAGGAGACAAGGGUAUUCAAGGUAUACCAGGGUUGCCCGGUCUGCAAGGAAAACCAGGCCUUCAGGGUAGACCAGGCGAAAGAGGUCCUGACGGGAUACCUGGUCCCCAAGGGCCAGAGGGUUUUCCUGGAGACAUCGGACCACCUGGACACAACGGCCUUGAGGGUCCAAAGGGAAAGCUUGGAGCAAGGGGAUUACCUGGGCCUAAAGGAGGUGCUGGACUGCUGGGCGAUGAGGGGCCAAUAGGCCCACCAGGACCACCAGGACAUGAGGGGCUUAUGGGCAGAAAGGGUUUCUCUGGGAAAACCGGGCCUGAAGGAGACAAGGGUGAAAUAGGAAUCACAGGAAAGGUUGGACCCAUGGGUGAAAAAGGCCUGAUUGGGUUCAUCGGACCAGUUGGCGAGACGGGCCUAGCGGGAGAGAAGGGGGACCGUGGAGAGAUGGGGGGGCCAGGACCACCAGGAGAGAAAGGAUCCACAGGUCAUCCAGGACCUCCGGGGGAGGCGGGGCUUCUGGGACCCCCAGGGAUGCCAGGUGGCGCUGGCUCUCGAGGACCCAUUGGUGGCAGAGGACCCAAAGGCAGACGGGGACCCCGGGGGCCUGAUGGGCUGGUGGGGGAGCGCGGUGUGGAGGGCAAGACGGGCCCUGAUGGACCACCAGGGAAGAUUGGUUUCCCGGGCAAUGAUGGGAAGUUUGGGGAGCCUGGAGAAAAGGGGCUUAAGGGUUUUCCGGGCACCCCAGGCUCCUCCGGUCCUCCAGGAGACAAGGGCAUAGCAGGAGACCCGGGGCCUCCAGGUGUACCAGGAACCGUUGGACCCCUUGGGGAUAUUGGGCUGAAGGGUCCCUCUGGCAAGGUUGGGGAUUCAGGACUGUCAGGCGAGCCGGGAGAGAAGGGGUCUUUUGGACCACCAGGAAAUGUUGGCGAAUCGGGCCUGGUUGGCCCCAGAGGAGAGCCAGGAUUAGAAGGAGAAGCUGGGGCUUCUGGGCCUGAUGGACUCAAGGGAGAGAAAGGGGAUAUGGGUCCAGAGGGGUCUCAAGGGGAGAGAGGCGAGGCUGGACUCAAGGGGAAAGAAGGACCACCGGGAGACCCUGGACACACUGGCAUUAGAGGACCUGAAGGUAAACCUGGGAAGAUGGGUGAGCGAGGCAAAGCAGGCCCUAAGGGGACUAAAGGACACCAAGGCCAUCUGGGUGAAACAGGACCGAUGGGGAAGAUAGGAGCAAAUGGAGCUGUAGGCCCCAAAGGAUCGAGAGGAACCAUCGGCCAUGUGGGUGCACCAGGGCGAAUGGGCCAGCAGGGGGAGCCAGGCAUACCAGGCUAUGAGGGUCAUCAAGGUCCAAUAGGCCCACUUGGACCUCCAGGACCCAAAGGUGAAAAGGGGGAGCAUGGGGAUGAUGGGAAGGUUGAGGGGCCUCCUGGUCCUCCCGGACACAGAGGACGUGUGGGAGACAGAGGAGACAGAGGGGAAUCUGGUGAUCCAGGAUACAAAGGCCAGCUAGGUGUUGAUGGAGAACGAGGCAGAUCGGGUGCUCCUGGAUUACCUGGCCACCCUGGACCUCGCGGACCACAAGGGCCUAAAGGGUCUAAAGGAGAAUUGGGUCAAAAAGGCAAGCAGGGUCUAAUAGGAGAUAGAGGAAGCCGGGGAUCAACGGGUGUUGUGGGUUUGCCUGGGCCUCGUGGUGUGGUGGGUCGUGAGGGACAGGAAGGCCCUCCAGGUGAAGAUGGACCUCCAGGGAAGGAUGGGAGCAGAGGCGUACUGGGGGACCAAGGCGAUGAUGGGGCAUUUGGCCCUUCUGGUAAAGCUGGUGGCCGCGGUAAAGUGGGUGUGCCAGGGCUGCCUGGAGACCAGGGUGCUUUUGGACCAAAGGGUGAGCGUGGUCUACACGGACAUGCCGGCCCAAUGGGGAAGAGAGGCCAUAAGGGAGGGAUGGGUCUGCCUGGAGCGCAGGGCAGCAAAGGAGCCAAGGGUCAGACUGGGGACGCUGGAGAGCCUGGAUAUCCAGGGAUCCUUGGAAUGUUUGGACCCCAGGGACCUCCUGGGGACUUUGGUCCAAAGGGCCUCCGAGGACCUAAAGGGCCACAGGGCAGCGUGGGGAGAAUUGGGGCAAUGGGGCCUAUGGGAGCCAUAGGCCCAAUUGGUAAUCCUGGUAUAAAAGGAGAUAAGGGAAACCUGGGAGAAUAUGGUGUGCGAGGGCCAAGGGGUGCAUCCGGACCUCGUGGACUACCUGGACCUCCAGGUCUUCCUGGUGUGCCCCCUUCUUAUAGGCAGAAUGACCUUGCAGCUCUGCAGGUGUUCAUCGAUUCACACACUCCACAUAAGAGAGAGACAGGAGUGAUGUUGGAUGAGGCGGUGGGUCUGCUGGAAACCCUGCACGACCUGCUGUCUGCUGUGCACAGCCUGCAGAACCCAGAGGGCAGCCAGCGCAACCCAGCGCGCCUCUGCAGAGACCUACACCACUGCCAACACUCACUCACCCACGGCACUUACUGGAUCGAUCCAAAUUUAGGCUGCUCCUCCGACUCCAUACAGGUUACAUGCAAGAAUGGACACACUUGCCUCAAACCAAUCACAGCAGCCAAGUUGGAGAUAAGUGUGGGGCGUGUCCAGUUGAACUUCCUCCACCUGCUGAGUCUGGGGGCGGAGCAGAGUCUGACGGUCCACUGCUUGAAUAUCAGUGUGUGGAGCCCAGCCCGUGGCCUCCCGCCUUCCCAGAGGUCUGUGCGCUUCAGAGGGUGGGAAGGGGCGUCGCUCGAUCCCAUCGUGCUGGAGGACACAUGCUGGCAGAGGGAUGGGCAGUGGCAUCAAGUGCGUUUCCUGUUCCGAGUGACAGAUCCCAUCCUGCUACCCAUCACUCACAUUGCCAAUCUACCGGAGGCCACACCUGCCUCCCGCUACCACCUGGAGGUCGGACCUGUGUGCUUCCUCUAGGCACGUGUGCAUUUGGGUUUGUUUGUGUGUCUGUGUGUGUGUGUGUGUGUGUGAUGCAGUGGUGGAAACCCUCCCCGCACCCCACCAAAGGAGCAAGAGGAAAAGACAACCUCCACUGUACACACCACAGAAACACAUCAUCCUAUUGGACCAGUCUCCUCCUCGCCCUCUAAGUACUCAGCCUCUCAUUGGACUGCAGAACCAGGAAGUGUUGUUCUGGGGGCAUGAUGGGAGGGGGCGGUCACAUAAGCAACUCAGGGGAAUUGGGGAGGGGCUACACUAAAGACUCAUGAGAGGAAACAGCGCCGACCAGCGCUCGAUGCCCAAUCAGAGAGCACUUCCAUAGCAGCCAGCCAAUCAUCUCUUUGAGCUCAGAAGCUCUGGAGAAAGGUUUGGUGAGCUCAAUUUGCAUAAGCCAGACCACCCAGUACUUUUGGGUGGGGUUAAAUAUAAUUACACUCCGCCCAGCUGGCCGUGUGCUGACGCUUGCAAAACAAGUUCUUCCACUGCCGAGCUCUCUCUCCCUCUCUCUCAAUCUUUCUCUCUAUCUCCCUGUUUCUCACUCUUUAUCUCUGUCUGUCUCCCUUCAUCUCUAUCCCUCUCUCUCUCUUUCUCUCACUGUCUCUAUCUGAUUUUAUUGUAAUAACUUAUUAUAACCCGCCAGUGAAAAUAAGAAGAAUCACAGAAACUGCACACAGGCAUGUCCUGCUCCCUGUCAUUCAGUAAUGGUGUGUUUAAGAGGUUUAAACCCUGAAGUGCAAUAGAAAACCAGAGGAGAAGUUUAUAUGUGCUUGUAUUUAAGUGGAAGGCCUUACAUGAGUGUACCAGGUACUGUCAUUAUAAGGGUGUUACAAGGGUGUGCUCCAUUCUUAUGCCAGUUGCUCCUCCCUCACCUUGGUACCUGCCCAUAAAGGUAAAAGGAGAGAGUGUGUUACUAUGUGUGUGUUUGUGUGUGUGUGUGUGUGUGUGUGUG